CAACGUUACGCAUGUGCUCCUCGUUCAUUUCCUUUUGGGACGCUCGCUGGACCUGUCCUCACCUACUUCGCCGUUCCAGUAGCCGUUGCACACCGUUUUCGUGCAAAUAUUUCGCUCCAUCAUCGGAAAUUAAGCUCACAGUUUGAGGAAUAUUCGCGGAAUGUUCGAGCGGCCUCGUAAUUCGCUGAAUUACAAGUCACGUGAAAAUGGCUGAAUCGACAGACCCUAAUGGUGAGUACGUCGACCACGUGGCGAAGCAUCUCACCGAGGAGGAGACAGAGAAAAUGCGGAAACAGAAUUCGCGUUUGGUCACCGAAUUUCGAGCCGAUCAAUUUGAGAAAUACGCCAAGAAGCAUUGGGACCUGUUCUACAAGAGAAACGAAACGAGAUUCUUCAAGGACAGACACUGGACCACCAGAGAAUUCAGCGAGCUUCUGGGCUUAGGGUCGUUGGAGGAUCCGAAGGUCAUUCUCGAGAUUGGCUGCGGCGUUGGCAAUUUCGUGUAUCCCUUGAUCGAAGACGGACUGAAGUUUAAACAAAUAUUUGCCUGCGAUUUGUCUCCCAGAGCGGUGGAAUUCAUGAAGGCGCACGCAUUGUACGAUUCAGACAAGAUGAAGAUCUUCGAGGCCGAUGUUACCACAGAGGAUUGUUUCGCAGACGUGAACCUCCCUGUGAAUGCGGCGACUUUAAUAUUCGUUUUGUCAGCCAUUCAUCCCGAGAAAUUUCGGAGAGUUAUUGAGAAUGUGUAUAGAGUUCUUGAUGAUAAAGGAGUUGUACUCUUGAGGGAUUAUGGUCGAUAUGAUAUGGCUCAGUUGAGGUUCAAGCCAGGACAGAAGAUCAGUGAAAAUUUUUAUGUAAGACACGACGGAACUAGGAGUUACUAUUUCACGAUAGAGGAAGUAGUGGAUUUGUUUGAAUCAAUUGGUUUCAAAACUUUAACAUGUGAUUAUGUGAAGAGGCGUACUGUAAAUGUGAAAGAAAAUAUAGAUGUGGAAAGGAUUUUCGUGCAAGGGAAAUUUGAGAAGUCUCGAUGACUUUAAGCAACGCAGACAACGUAUUGAAUUCGAAGUACAAUGGACAACGAAUUCGUGCAAUGCUGCUAACUGAGUUCAAGGAAACACAAACUGAAACUAAACAAUGGAAAAAAAAUGAGACGCCUGAAUAUUUUGGUUGUAGUCAUGCCCUAGAAGUAUACAGGCACUUUCUUUAAAUAUACUAGUAAGUAUCAUAUAAACAAAAUGUUACGUCUUUAUUGUUUCAUAUUUCAAUGAUGUAUAACUUUAGUUUGAUAUUCAAUGAUAUGGACUUUUUAUAUAUUCGUCACUACCUCUGAGAAAAAUAUAUAAUCUAUAAGAA